AUGCCGAGGCAUGUCGAGGCACCGGCCCCUGAAAAUGGCGCGACGGUGGAGCAAGGCCCCAAUGGCGACGCCGUCACCGUCAUUGACGUGGAUGUGGAGGAUGCGAGGGAGGAGCGGGUGCGGGGCGUGGCGACGGAUGUGGUGGGGAGAAGCUCCGCCACAGCUACUGAGGAGGUGCGUCGGCGCGACCCCCACACAAUGGAUCUGCGGGCAGAGCAGCAGGAGCCUCGUGUGCGGAAAGAGAGGCUGGUGCGACGCAUGCAACCGUCACACGAGAGGACGCUGCCAAGAUUGAUUUCCUCGCCGCCAUGGGGCAUUGGGUAUGAGACACGAAGAAGCAACAGCUGCAGUAGGAGCAGGAAUUGGAGUCCACCGAUGGUGGCCCACACUGUGCGGCAGCCUACGCCGUCGGUGUCACCCCUGAAGCCGGCCUUGGAAACACCCGAGCAGCAGCUUGAGAUUUAUCGCUCUCUGCAGCAGCGUAAAUUUGCGACACUGCAUGAGGAGCUGCAUUACCUGCGCAUGAGCUACGUCCAUGCGCAGAAAACGCUGCGACUCCGCGGCGAAGAGGUCACGCGUUUGCAUAGAGAGGUAGAAGACAAAUCGAAGGAUAUUGAGCGGCUUAAGGCGCUGCUUGCCUUGAUGCGGAAGAAACGCCCGCAGGCAAAUGAGGCGGGUGUAGAGGAAGAGGGCUCCGGGUGCAGCGGGACCGCACAUCUUGCUCCUUCACUGGUGCUUUUCGCGGCUACAGCAGCCGAUGACAAUAACGGUGAACGCAGCGCGACGGCAAAUUUGCUGAUGGAGCUUCGUCAAAACAUUGCUGCCCGUGACACGGUUAUCAAUAACCUUCGCAUGGAGCUGAAUUCACUGCGCCAGGCAAAGCGGGCGGCGGACAAGCAAGUGCAUGCGGUGUCAGAGGAAGUGGCCGCGGCCCAUGCACGCUGUGAGAGGCUUGCCGCAGAUGUGAGUCUCAAGGACAGAGCCAUUGAAGAUUUUCAGAAGCGCUGUGCCUUCACCCAAACUGCGUCGAGGAACGGCAGCACGACUGCUGUUAAUAAUAAUGAUAACAGCGGUGGGACGGGUGUCCCGGAGGCGGUGGCGGUCGGGCAGCGGAUUGGGAAGCGUCGUCUGCAGCACCGUGUGGUAGAUAAUGUAAUUAGGGAUAUUCAGCAGCAACUUCAUCGCAUAGAAGUGACGGGGCUGUAUUUGCCACGCACCACCAGCACUGAAAUGCGGCAGGAGGAAGAAGAGGAGGAAGAAGAAGGCUUGCGCGAUGAGUCGAUGCGCCUCCGACAGCGUCUGGAUCGAGGGGAUGAAGCUCGAGACGAGUCGGAACAAUUAUGCCGCCGACGUUUGGGGGCCGACCUGUGCACGGCGGAGGCCGAGUUGAGCAAAGCAAGGGCCGCGGUGGAGGCAUACAAGCGGGAGGUGACACGAAUGCAGAAGCAAGUCGUGACGGCAGGCUUCAUGGAGGCGCAAUUGCAGGCCGCCCGCAAUGAGAACGACGCCUUACAGCAGCGUGUGUGUGAGCUGCGGGAGGAGAAUCUCGCGCAGUUCUCACGUGAGCAGGAACUUCUGAGUGAACUGCGCUCCACAAAAGAGGCGCACGACCGCUGUGAGGAUGAGGUGUCAUUGCUUCAGCGGCGGAUGAGGGCCUCAAAGGAGAAUGAGGACGGGCUGCGCGAGGAGGUUGGGGUGUUGGAAGGGAAACUACGCGCGGUGGAAAGGCGUGACUCCACCCAUGCGCACCGGAGUGACGGCACUGAGGCUGUGCUGACCGACGCCCCUCCACCGCACGAACUCAGCAGUUACGCGACGCUCAUGGUGUCGAACGCGCGGCUUCAGGAGCGCUUGACAUCGUUGGAGGCGGAGCUGCAGCAGGCGCGGGAGCAGUCACCCUCAGCCAACGCAGCAGCGGACGCCGCUGUCUCUGACAAAGGCAGUGGGAUUGUGAAGCAGCGUGUCGCACGGCUCGUCACAGGCGUGGCGGAGCUGAAGGCGCGGUUGGAGGAAAGUGGGGCUUUCCUCCAGCAAGAACAGUCACAGUUAGCCACGUCGCGGCUCUCAUGGGAAAGGCUGCGGGCGGAGUUUAGCGGUGUUCGCGACGCCUACAAGACACUCUCACAUUGCUUGGACACAUUCACCCAGGAACAGGCGGAGGUGGGGCCCAGUGAGGCAAUCGCGGCGGAGGACACACGUGGUGACGAGCAGGCACAGCACGAAAGUCCAGUUUCAUCAGCCGUUCGCAGCCGUUUGCGGGAUGUGCAACGGCACGCACUCAUGGCGGCGGAUGCCCCAGAAAUUAUUGCUGCGCUGCGGGUAGAAGUCUUUCGUCUGUGCGAGUGUCUUAAAGAACGUGAGGAGGCGUUGGGACGGACGCGGCGGGAGCUGGUGGCGACCAGUCUGGAGCUUGACAACGUGCGGCGGCAAGUCUCCACAUUCGGAGGAACGGGCAAAGGUGUUGGUGAGCGCAAGGUCUCCUCUUUGCGCGCCGCCCGCGUGGAGUUGGAGCAUUGGCGGCAGCAGGCGACGGAGCGCGAGUUGGCCUGUGAAGCGCUAAGAAGACAGUGUCAAGAGCAACAGCAGCUCAUUGCGUCCCUGCAUGACUCGUUGCAGCUGCACUCUACCCCACCCUCAAUGACGUCAGACCCGGUGUUUCGUGGAGGGGCGGACUGGAGUGACGACCACAUCAUAGAGGAGGCACUUCGCGGGGAAACGGCACGCCUGGAUGAGGAGAUGAACGUACUGCGUCGUGAGGUGUCCACAGUGAAAAAAGAACGGGACCAUUGGAAGGCGGUGGCAACAGGCACACCGUGA